GACUCCUCAGGAUCUUUGAGAAAUUCUAAAUUGGAAAAUUUCUUUGGUUGUCUUUUCUGUCAACUUUUGUUCUCUCAUUGGAUCAUCUUCCUCCACAAGCACAGCUGAAACCUCUCCCUUGGCUUUUGCAUUCUAAUCAAGCAUUCUCUCUUGAAAAACAUCUGUUCUAUUCUUUUACCCUCCAAAAAAAUGCCUCUAGGCAGGUCUCGUAGUAGGCGUAGCUCAUCAUCUUCUUCAUAUGCAUCAACUAUUACUACCAUAGCAUUCAUAGCAGUAUGCGUUAUAGGUGUGUGGAUGCUAGCCUCCAACUCUAUAGUCCCCCCACAGACCACCGCCCGGACUGCCGAGGUCACUGCCAUCACCACUACUGUGGAUGAUACUGAUGUUGCCACCACCAAUGAGGCUCAGAAUAAUGAACCCAGUAACAAAAAGGAUCAACCUGCUUUUGAAGACAAUCCUGGUGAUCUUCCUGCUGAUGCCAUCAAAUCUGAUGAUCUUAAAACCAUUAGUGAGCAGACUAAUAAUGACAAACAGGAUAGUGGGAAACAGGGUUCUGUUGUUGAAGAGAACCCUCAGGGUUUGAAGGGUAAAGAAUCAGGUGAGGAGCAAGAGAAGCAGAAAGAAAGCCAGAUUCAGGUAUCUGAGGAGAGCACACUGACUCGAAACCAGCAAGCUGAUCAGACCGACAAAGAAAUUUCUGAAUCUGAUCAGGAGAGCCAUCAAACAAGAAAUGAGAGCAAUGAGAAUCGAGAGCAGAAUACAACGUCUGCAAAUGGGGAAAAUUCACAGGAAUAUCAGAAUCAAAAGCAAAAUGAAGAUCAACAGCAGGAACAACAAGAAAACGCUGAUACAGGUAAGAAUUCACAGGACUCGCAGAACCGAGAAUUAAAUGCAGAUCAACAACAACAACAGCAAAAAGAAACUGAAAGCUCAGAAAACAAUCAGCAAUUUCAAAAUACGAAAUCAUAUGAAGAACAGCAACAACGACAACGACAAGAAGACGCUGGAAUCCACACGACUUCUCGAGAAUCUCCAAAUGAGAUAUCAGAAGAAGAUCAGAAAGAAAGAAUGAAGCAGCAACAAGAACAAAAGCUAGACUCCACCUCUAGUGAUGAAACACAACAACAACAUAAAUAUGAAGACGUAACAGUCCCUGUAAUCAAACAAAACGAGGAUAAAAAUUCUGAAAAAGCAACAGAGAACAUAAAAACCCCAGCUGAGAAUCAACAAAUCCAGCAAGAAUCUCAGGUUGAAAAUAACUCAAUCCCAGAAAAAAAACAGGACACAACAAUGGAAGAUAAUUCAAUUGAUGCGAACCCAGCUGGCGAAUCAUCAUUCCCUGGUGGUGGCACUACAGGAAUACGAAAAGAAUCGAAGGAAUCAAAGAAGUCCUGGUCAACUCAGGCAGCCGAAUCAGAGAUCCAGAAAGAGAGACGAAAAGAGGAAUCAGAUCGUAAAGAAAGCAUCUUUGGAUAUGCAUGGCCGCUUUGUAACGUCACUGCAGGUCCUGAUUAUAUACCCUGCUUGGACAAUGAGAAGGCAAUCAAGCAAUUAAGGACUACCAGGCACUUUGAGCAUCGGGAAAGGCAUUGCCCUGAGGAGGGACCCACUUGUUUGGUCCCGCUUCCGGAGGGGUACAAAAGGCCCAUCACAUGGCCUGGAAGCAGAGACAAGAUAUGGUAUCACAAUGUACCUCAUACGAAAUUGGCAGAGGUGAAGGGUCACCAGAAUUGGGUUAAGGUGACAGGUGAGCUGUUGACCUUCCCAGGUGGUGGCACACAAUUCAUACAUGGAGCUCUCCACUACAUUGAAUUUCUUCAACAGACAGUGCCCAAUAUAGAAUGGGGGAAGCAUACUCGAGUGAUUUUGGACGUGGGGUGUGGGGUUGCAAGCUUUGGUGGUUACCUUUUCGAAAAGGAUGUUCUUACAAUGUCUUUUGCACCAAAGGAUGAACAUGAAGCCCAAGUCCAAUUUGCACUUGAAAGAGGAAUACCUGCCAUAUCCGCUGUCAUGGGUUCUCAGCGUCUCCCAUUCCCAAGCAUGGUCUUCGAUCUCAUCCACUGUGCUCGCUGUAGAGUGCCUUGGCACGCUGAUGGCGGUAUGCUACUUUUGGAAUUGAACCGUGUCCUGCGACCUGGAGGAUAUUUUGUUUGGUCGGCAACUCCUGUGUACCAAAAGCUUGAAGAAGAUGUGGAGAUAUGGAAAGCAAUGUCUGCAUUGACGGUAUCCAUGUGUUGGGAGCUUGUGACAAUCAAGAAGGACAAACUUAAUUCUGUUAGUGCUGCAAUCUACCGCAAACCUGCCUCCAAUGAUUGCUAUAAUCAAAGAAAGAAAAAUGUUCCUCCAGUGUGUAAGAGUGAUGAUGAUCCAAGUGCCGCCUGGUAUGUACCUCUGCAGGCGUGCAUGCAUGAGGUGCCUGUCGAUUACAAUGAGAGAGGUUCUCGGUGGCCGGAGAAUUGGCCUUUUAGGCUACAGACACCUCCUUACUGGCUAAACAGCUCUCAGAUGGGGAUAUAUGGCAAACCAGCUCCUCAGGAUUUUGCCACAGAUUAUGAACAUUGGAAACAUGUAGUGCGCGAGUCAUACAUGAAGGGACUGGGCAUCAGUUGGUCCAACGUCAGAAAUAUUAUGGACAUGAGAGCUGUUUAUGGAGGUUUUGCAGCAGCUCUGAUGGACCUUAAAGUAUGGGUCUUAAAUGUUGUGAACGUAGACUCCCCAGAUACACUUCCUAUAAUAUAUGAGAGAGGCCUUUUUGGUAUAUACCAUGAUUGGUGUGAAUCCUUCAGCACUUACCCUCGAACUUAUGACCUCCUCCAUGCUGAUCAUCUCUUCUCAAAGCUGAAGAAAAGGUGCAAUCUUGCUCCUGCUAUGGCAGAGGUUGAUAGGAUAGUGAGACCUGGAGGUAAAUUGAUAGUCCGUGAUGAGUCCAGCGCAAUAGGGGAAGUUGAGAACCUGUUAAAGUCCUUGCGAUGGGAGGUUCAUCUAACCUUCUCCAAAGACCAAGAAGGUUUGCUCAGCGCACAGAAAGGUGAUUGGCGGCCACAAAUAAUUGCAGCUUCUUCCUGAUAAGCGCAGUGCAUUAGAUCCUAAUCUAGUGGUGUGACCCUCCAAGAAAGCUCGUAGACCUGUCACGUUGACUCUUUCUGCUGCUAUGCUUCAACGCAAAUGUAUUUGUUGUGGUCAUGUAAAACUGUCAUGGAUAAAUUUAGUCAAUGAAAAGUGCCAUAAUUGGCCAGUUAAUGGAUUUAUAUGAGCAGAUGCUCAAUCUCAUCUUUGGUUACAAAUCCUUCUAGCCAGUUACAGCUUCUUGGAUCUUGUCCAUGUAGUUUCUUCUUCUCUUGUGGAAUAAAUGAAUCUUAGUUAAAAAAAAAAAAGGUGGCAUGCUCAACUUUCUGUCAGAAAUAAGUCCCAAUGCAACAAAUUAAUAAAAGAUGGAUUACAUAUUCAGCCGUGUUUAA